ACACGGGCAGCUCCUUCAUUCGGUUUGUAGCCAGCAGUGGAGAAGGCACGGAUUUUUCUUCGCUCGCUAACGCCUCUGGAACUUUUCAUUCAGGUCCCCAUCAUUCAGUAGUGAGAUGGUUUUCCCAAGUGAAGUAAUUUCAUUAAAUUUCGCAACUGAAGACUGAUCGAGGUCCGGUGGUUAAGAACUGUGCCGUUGGAUGAAAUACUGGGAAAAACAGAUCCAAUUGGAGUCCAAAUUCGAAUUGAAUGAAGGUCACACUUUGGUAGGAGUUCACCAGCCAGGAAAAAUUGGGCUCCCGAGUAAAUUGUGUGUGAAAAAUGCAGCCACUUCCGGAGCUGGCAGAGAAAAGUGCCAAAGGGUGAAAGGAAACGUUCUGGAAAAAAUAGGUGUAACGUGGAUGGAAGGAAGAAGAAAAAACGAAGCUCACGUAAUGGUUGGUUCACGGUUAUCGAUAUAAAUAAGUGUGAGAAAAGGUAGGAGGCAAGGCGGAAAAAAGGAGCAGUUUCUGGAGCAAAAGUGCCAAGUGUAGCGUGAAAAUCCACCAGGAGAAGAAGGUCGGUCCCAGUGCAUUCGAUGCGAAAUUGGGCCAACGAAUGUGAAGAAGAAGCCAAGUUUGCGGUUCGGAUACCAGGAAGUUUAAUUUCGAUUCGUCCUGUUAAUUAUUGAUAAGAGGAUUUUCCUCCGUCAGCAGCCAGAAGGUAUCGGUGGGUACGGUACGGUAUAUGAAUUAAUGUGCAAAGAAUCCUAUUUCAACGACGACGACGACGAGGACGAACACUAAGGAAAAUUGGAGAAGAGAGUGAUCCCUUUUGUCGUUGACUGCCACCCGCCGGUGGUCGUGUUCGUGGAACAAUCAGCGCUAAGCUUGGGAGGACUAGACAAAGUAGGUUGCAGAAGAAAUCAGUGAAUCACUGGAUGAGUGGGAGUAGAAGACGUCUUCUUCGCGGAAGACGACCGACGGAGCAAAGUUAGUUAUCGUAAGUGAUAACGAAAAAAUAAUCCCAUUUAAUGGAACGGUGAUCGCCUCGCACUUUCCGCUGGUGAUGAUUAUCGUGUGAAGGAAGCGAAAAAGACAAAUUGAAAAGAAGGCCAAGCGAAGCAAUUUCCCGUUGGCAAGAGCAACCAGCAAUCAAUUUGAGUAAAGUGCAUUCCGAAAGUAAUCCGUGUGAAGUAAGUGUAUCUAGUAAGUUUCAAAAGAAGAAAUCUUGUACCAGCUGAAGUCAGUGGCGGUGAAACGAAUCCUUUCAUCGUUGUGGCCGAACCGUAAUCCCAGAAGAUUUCAUCGUUUUAGUUAAAAAUACAUACGUUCAUCGGUGCCCAUGUUGUUACACACAUAUAAAGCAGGGAAGCAGUGAAAGAGUCGACCACCCACCAGGGACGCACGGGGACACGUUGUAAUGAAUGCAAAUUUCGCCACACUACAACGACGACGACGACGAGGACGAGGAGGACGACCCGAAUUGGCAAUCCGGGCCCUUUAGUACCUAGUGCCUCGUCCCGCACACCCGUAAAGCUGACAAGCUAACUGCGGGGCUACCAUAACCAUAGGGUAUUUACUGCUGAUGAGCAACGAUGAGUGCAAAUGAGGAACACAGGGAAAAAACGCAACAGAACUAAGCUACACACCGUUAUAUAGACCAUUAAGCAGAACUAACCCGACAAACCAGCUACAGCUACCGACUCUUCUUGGCGCCUCUGCCACUAUCCCCUGAGAGACCGAGACCACUGCACGGAAGAGCUGCUAUCGCAUAAUUAAAUCAAAGAGCAAAAGUUAGGUCAAAAACAUACACUUGCGCAAUCACGUACGUGCUUCUUGCUGGUCGGGACACUAGGGAAGGAAAAGUAACCAGCGUUCGGGAUAUCUUGAACAGAAACCGGAGAAAGGAAAUGAAAGCAAAAAGUGGCAACAACAAUCCCUCAUCAACGGCCAUUGUCAUGCAGACGGCGGUGAUAGCACUGUCUCUGUUCCUGGACUGGGUCGACGGGUCUAGGUCCGGAGCUGUCCACCGGUUGGAUGUUUACAUAGCCGGCUUUUUCCCCUAUGGGGAAGGGGUUGAAAAUAGCGAAACGGGUCGUGGCGUGAUGCCAAGUGUUAAGCUCGCAUUGGAUCACGUUAAUGAGCAUUCCACCAUACUGAGAAAUUAUCGGCUGCACAUGUGGUGGAAUGACACCGAGUGCAACGCAGCCGUCGGAGUGAAAUCGUUCUUCGACAUGAUGCACUCGGGGCCGCACAAACUGAUGCUUUUCGGAGCCGCGUGCACCCACGUGACAGAUCCAAUAGCGAAAGCCAGCAAACAUUGGCAUCUGACGCAGCUAUCUUAUGCGGACACACAUCCCAUGUUCACUAAGGACGCCUUUCCGAACUUCUUCCGUGUCGUUCCAUCGGAAAAUGCCUUCAAUGCUCCACGUCUGGCACUGCUGAAGGAAUUCAACUGGACCAGAAUAGGGACCAUCUACCAAAAUGAGCCAAGGUAUUCGCUGCCACAUAAUCAUAUGGUAGCCGAUUUGGACGCCAUGGGCCUGGAUGUGGUAGAAACGCAGAGCUUCGUUUACGACGUGGAGGAAUCGCUGAAGAAGCUACGUGAAAAAGAUGUUCGGAUUAUCCUCGGUAAUUUCAAUGAAUACUGGUCUAGGAAGGUGUUUUGUGAAGCAUAUAAGCUGGAAAUGUACGGUCGGUCCUAUCAGUGGCUCAUUAUGGGAACGUACGGCAACGAGUGGUGGGAUGUGAACGAUACGGAUUGUGAGGUCGAACAUGUGCGAAAGGCACUGGAAUCAUCGAUCCUGGUAGAUUUGUUGCCACUGUCUACCAGCGGUGACAUCACCAUCUCCGGAAUUACUGCAGACGAAUACUUGACGGAAUACAACAGUCGACGUGGCAGUGAGUAUUCUCGUUUUCAUGGGUAUACUUAUGAUGGAAUCUGGGCCGUGGCCAGUGCCAUUCAGUACGUUUCGCAACGAAAGGAGCUUUCCCUGGCCGAGUUCGAGUAUCGUGUCGACAAAUGGGAGAAUAUAUUUCUUGAAGCGCUGAAGAAUACCAGCUUCGAGGGAGUUACCGGCCCGGUUCGCUUCUACAACAACGAACGGAAAGCUAGUUUCUUGCUGAAACAGUUCCAAAACAACGAAGAAGUCAAGAUCGGAGAAUACAAUUCGCUGACGAACCGGCUGGAUUUGACGCUUGGCCACCCGAUGCUGUGGGUUGGCCGCUCUCCGCCCAAGGAUCGCACUCUGCGCAUUAUAGAACACAGCCAGGUCAACAUUACCAUCUACGUGGUGCUGGCUAGCACGUCCUGCGUGGGGAUCGUAAUGGCCACUGCAUUCUUGAUUGUCAAUAUCAAGUACCGGAAUCAGAGGUACAUCAAGAUGUCCAGUCCACAUCUCAACAAUCUGAUCAUCAUUGGCUGCAUACUGACGUACUUGAGUGUGAUCUUCCUCGGCUUGGAUAGCGGGUUGAGUAGUGUGCCUGCGUUUCCCUAUAUCUGUACGGCACGGGCGUGGCUACUGAUGGCUGGAUUUAGCCUGGCGUUCGGAGCCAUGUUUUCCAAAACAUGGCGCGUCCAUUCGAUCUUCACCGAUCUCAAGCUCAACAAGAAGGUCAUCAAGGACUACCAGCUGUUCAUCGUGGUUGGAGUGCUGUUGGCUAUUGAUUUGGCAAUUAUGACCACCUGGCAAAUCGCGGAUCCAUUUUACCGGGAAACAAAGUAUAUAGAACCUUCAGAGCAUCCCACCCUAGAAGACGUCAUCAUCGUUCAGGAGAACGAGUAUUGCCAAUCCAGCAAGAUGACCAUCUUCAUCGGCGUUAUCUACGCCUACAAAGGAUUGCUGCUGAUUUUCGGUGCCUUUCUGGCCUGGGAGACCCGAAACGUGUCCAUUCCGGCUUUGAACGACUCCAAACACGUUGGAAUGUCCGUGUACAAUUGCGUCAUCAUGUGCGUCAUGGGUGCUGCCAUUGCCCUAGUUCUAUCCGAUCGUAAGGACGCAGUGUUUAUUCUGAUAUCCCUGUUCAUCAUCUUUUGCACAACGGCUACCCUUUGUCUGGUGUUCGUUCCUAAGUUUGUGGAACUAAAACGGAAUCCAACUGGCGUAGUAGACAAGAAGGUUCGAGCUACGCUGCGACCCAUGUCCAAGAACGGACGAGAUUCGUCUGUCUGUGAGCUGGAACAACGGAUGCGAGACGUGAAGCAAACCAAUUGUCGCUUCCGGAAGGUGCUGAUGGAGAAAGAAGCUGAACUGCAGGCCUUGCUCAAGCGUCUCGGACCAGAUGCCCGUGCUUGGAUCGGGCUAGAAACGAGUACGUCCGAGCCGGAUGUCAACAAAGAAUCUAUUAAGAUACAGGUUAAAAAGGAUUAUGCUAGUGAGGGAACAGAAUUCACCUCGAUCGGUAGUUUAGUUUCCAGCAAUGAUACCUUGGAUUCGGUGGGACCUGAAAGGAAAAAGAAAACUACAGUCGUACUACCUGGCGAAGAGCCACCGGCGAAGCCAAUUGCUACGAUUACCAAUUCUGUGCCAAAGAGUAAUCUGGUGAACGCCUCGGCCGGAACCGGGGUGGUACAUACAACGACGCCAACUAUCAUUGCAACAACUGCAACGAAUACAGUUACUACGGCAGCUCAAACGGUUAUAUCAACUGCUAUACAAUCGACUGCACCCAAAGUGUCGGCUACCUCCAACAGUAUUGCCAGCUGUACCAGUGUUCCCCAAGACCCAAGUAAACCAAUGUUCAAUGACGUUCGGCGAGGAUCACUCUCCAGCUCGAAAUUUUCACCAGGUCAAGCGAAGGACCGCUACGAGGACGAUCGUCCCUAUCAGAACAUCGCAAAAUCAAGCACGCAGAUCAAUGGCAUAUCUUCAACGUCACUGAACCAUUCAAACAACGAGCUUAAUCAAGUCUGUCAUCACACUAAGCCUGUCGGAAAGAGUAGAGAUCAAGUCAGCGACCCGUCACGACGAGUCAGCGUCCAGAUGACAUCGUCGCUCAAGGGAAAUUUUGUCGUUUCGCAAAGUGACCUUUGGGAUACCCAUACUCUGUCCCACGCCAAACAGCGACAGUCACCGAGAGGACAAUCCCGUUGUCCCGACCAUAGUCACCCACCGCCUCAGCAGCAGCUACAACAACAACCACCACCACAACAAACCCAAUACGAUCACGAGCGGGAAAACAGCACCGCCGCUUCGCCGGGUCCAAUACAGCGGAGCGUGUCGGAAAAGAACCGUACCAAACACCGACAUAAGCAGAAGAGCACUGCCUGCCAAAGUGAAACGGAUAGCGAACGCGAACAGCGUGACUAUCAGAAUUUCCCCUCCUCCGUGUGUUCAACUGGCAGCACUGCGGCGGUCGCUUCGGUGGCCGGAAGCUGUGUAACGCCUACCAAGAUCUCCUCGCGUAAACUCUCGAAAUCACAGCACUCGCACCACCAUUCCACGCCGAACGUGGCACCCGAGAAGAAACAUUCCGGAGGAGGAGGGGGCGGUGUCUCCGGUGGAAGCACCCACAUUCGACACCGCAAGAAGGAAUCCAGCUCGAAGCCAAACCUCUACGGAGCAUGCUCCGAGUCGGAGCUGCUCGAUGGUGAUACCGCAAUUCUACCGAUCUUUAGGAAGCUUCUCAAUGAAAAGGACUCUAGAUAUAGGGCUAGAAAUACGGUAGGCGCCAGCUGCCCUAAUAUAUCGAUUAAAUGUGAUAUUGUUGAGUAUCUGUAAAACGGAAGUUGAUUAUGUUUUAGGUCUCGUUUCGUAACCGGACGAUUGUUUCUAUUUCAAUCUACUGUGUAGGUGUAUUUAGGUAAUAUGUAGGGUUUUAGCGAGACUUGCCACACUGGAAAGGCCAACCGGUUCGGUGCCAUUGAAGGUUCAAUUCGCAUCGAAUGCAAUUUGAAUAAAAUAAUAAUAAUUUGGAUUCCUCGUAGAAGUUGUUUGAAAAUGAAUGGUGCACUAAACAACGAAACUAACUGAGAGAGUGAGUCCCUUUUGCUCAGUUGUGAGUCAUUUUUACUCAUGCAUAUUGAGGAAUUUCUAAAAGCGUAGGUCACUCAGCUUUUAAAAAUUUCUCCUGGCGAAUGAGUAAAAGUUGCUCACUCAAUAAGUAAGAUUCGUUUUCAGUGAGAUUCUUGUUGGAAAAAAGUUGAUUAGGUCGGUCAUCGUUAAAAUUUAACUUUAUCUCUGGAAACUUAUUUUUUAUAUGAGAUUAUUGAAGGAACAAUUCUUGGCAAAUUUGAUGAAAAUACGAUUUCUGGUAUGUUUUCUCAUGACACCAUUUAUCUCUUUAUUUGACCGUGGUAGAGCAUAGGGGUCUCAGAUAGCCUAGUCAGUACAAGCACGGUAUUACCAAUCUGGAGUUCGAUUCUCGAUCCAUUCGAGGAAACCUUUCGGGUUGGA